AUGACCUUUCAGUUCUUCUUCUUCAUCAAUCAAACAGACACCCUCUUUGACGGUGUGUCGGCGCAGUGCAAUACAGCACUGUCAUCUCCAAUCCCGGAAUGCCCUCAGGAACUGCUGACCCUGUUGGGCGGCAGCCAAUUCUACACAGUUCAGAACGAGACCAUGAUGGACAUUCUGUGUCGGAAGGAGUGCCCGCCUGCCUUUGAGACUUACCGCACCAACGUGGAAAAGGCUUGCGCCAAUGACCCUCAGCCAAGGGCGGGGUAUCCUUCCACGUACUGGGUAGACGCUGUUUCGUCCGUCCAAGCCCAGAUGUGUCUCAAGGACUCUGCCUCUGGCGAAUACUGCACAGAGUUCCUUGAGAAGACUCUGGGGGACGCUAGCGACCCGACUGAGCUGCUCGGAGGCUACACCACGGAGCAGCUGUGUUCCGAGUGCAUCGUGAACCUCUUCCGUCACCAGCAGUCGACCGCCUACUCCAACUAUGACGCCGAGAUGGCGCGGGCCUGGGCCGAGAUCCAGGGCCGCUGCGGACUCAGCUACCCAACGGCCACGCCCACGCUCAAGACCAACGUGACGAGCCUGGGCAACUACGCGCCUUCGGGCUAUGCCACGGCCGCGUGCGUCGGGGGCCGCACUCACGAGGUUGUCAGCGGCGACAACUGCGUCGCCAUUUCCAAGGCCAACCAUGUGUCCACCGGAGGGCUGAUCGUGAUGAACAGCCUCCGCCUGGACUGCACGAAUCUGCAGCUUGGACAGAAACUCUGCCUGCCUGCAGCUUGCGAUGACUACGUCGUCAAGAGCGGCGACACCUGCGUCGGUAUUGCGAAGCAGUUCUCCGUCCCGUUCCAUCAGCUUACCGCUUGGAACCCGACAAUCAACCCGCACUGCACCAACCUCCUCGUCGACCAGAACCUCUGCGUUGGGCCCCCCGGCGGAGAGGCCUCGUUUACCACCGUGCCCGGCGCGACGGCUACGAAGACGGCCAUCUACGCCACCGCUACGGCGGCGAGGCCGAGCCCCGUGGCGGAGGGCACCACGACCAAGUGCGGAAAGUACUAUGUUGUGCAGCCGGGAGACUAUUGCGAGAUUGUAGCGCUGAACCAGACUGUUCCUUUGAACUGGUUCCUUGGCAUGAACCCACAAAUCAACGACGCGUGCGGUAACCUUCUCUCGGGCUUCAACUACUGCGUGCAGCCGACCAGCGACUGGAACACGACCGACACGUCCCAACCCGUCCCGGCCCCGACGUCUACACCUCCCGGCACCAUCAGCGAGUGCUACGAAUGGUAUGUUAUCCAAUCGGGAGACUACUGUGGAAAGGUCCAGGACCAAUUCGGCAUCACCUUCGCGCAGUUGCAAACAUGGAACCCGGCUUUGAAGGACGACUGCUCCAACCUCCUGCUCGACGUCGCGUACUGCGUGAACGGGGGCACCAUAGCCAGUGGCGCUUUCGCCGCCCGCUCGACUCCGGCGCCCAGUAGCGACAACGACGGCACGCGUGCCUCGUCGCUGGCUCCACUGCGACCCCGAGGCCCGGUCCAGACACGGGCGCCUGCUGCAGGCAACGCGCCAGGUGGCGUGCCCGUCGGAUGGCCUGGGGUGAACUCGCCUAGGCUGAGAGCACAGAUGGGACUGGGAUCGCCUUCAAAAUAA